CUCACCGCCUGUCCACACUACUCCCCCUCCUGUAGAUGUAGAGGGCAGUCACCAGCACAGCACCUGGACAGUAGGAUCAGCCCCACAGAUCACUUGUGUUUUCUAUGUACAGCUGAUGGUCUUCAAGAAACUUCACCACUGAGUGGAAGCCGCUCUGAGGAGCCAAGAACCCAGGGCUCCCUACUUCCCUGCUCACUUGAGUGCAUUCAAGGAGUCUGCACCGUCUCAGCUUGAAUCUUGAACCAUUUACUUUCUCACUGACUUUACCUUCUUCUUUCUCAUCCCACCACUGACUGCACAGCAAGCAAACACUACUAGUUUGGCUGGAGAAACCGAGGGUCCUCUUCUUCUGGACUGCGGUACAAGGAAAUGCUAGAUCUAGUGAUAUCACAGAGCCUGUCUGUGACCAGUGGCUGCUCUGAGAACCUGAAAUUCAACCCUUCUCACGGUCACUCCACGUCUCCUGAUGACAUAACAGAUAAAGAAAAGAAAGCUUCGUCCAGAGACAGUUUUGCACAUUCAGGCAACAGCAAAGAAUCCCAGCAAUUUGUACCUGAACUGAAUUACCCAAGGCAUUAUCCCCAUAUAGUCUCCCCACCAUCCAUCCCAGCGAUGGCCGCCUAUGGACAGACCCAGUACAGUGCAGGAAUUCAACAAGCAGCGGCAUACUCCACGUACCCUCCCCCCGGACAGGCUUAUGGCAUCCCAUCCUACAAUAUCAAAACAGAAGACAGUUUAAGCCAUUCUCCUGGACAGAGCGGGUUCCUCAGCUAUAGCUCCAGUUUCAGCACCCCACCCCCAGGACAGGCACCAUACACGUAUCAGAUGCACGGUCCUUCAGGACUCUACCAGGGGGCCAAUGGUUUGACUAACGCCAGCACCUUCAGUGGUCUACAUCAGGAAUAUUCAUCAUAUCCCGGCUUUAGUCAAGGACAAUACGCACAGUACUAUAGCACAUCCUACAACUCCCCAUAUGUUCCCAGUAACAACAUCAGUCCAAGCACCAUCCCCACCACCACCUACUCCCUACAGGAAACAUCUCACCACAUCUCCAACCAGAGCUCAGAGUCACUGUCAGGAGAUUAUAACACUCACAAUGGUCCCUCCACACCAAUAAAAGAUUCUGAAACUGACCGGCAACACAGAGGCUCUGACGUGAAGUUACGAGGAAGGUCCAAACGAAACAACGACCCUUCCCCUGCGGUAGACAAUGAGAUUGAGCGCGUCUUCGUGUGGGAUUUGGAUGAGACGAUUAUCAUCUUCCACUCAUUACUUACUGGAACAUUCGCCACCAGAUAUGGCAAGGACACGACCACAUCAGUGCGGAUAGGUCUUAUGAUGGAGGAGAUGAUCUUCAACCUCGCCGACACUCAUCUGUUCUUCAAUGACCUGGAGGAAUGUGACCAGAUCCACAUAGAUGACGUCUCCUCAGAUGACAAUGGACAGGAUCUAAGCACAUACAACUUUGCAGCAGAUGGUUUUCACAGCUCGGCCGCAGGAUCAAAUCUCUGUCUGGGAUCUGGGGUUCAUGGGGGCGUCGACUGGAUGAGGAAAUUGGCAUUCCGUUACAGAAGAGUGAAGGAGAUGUAUACUACCUACAAGAAUAACGUAGGAGGUCUGAUCGGAGCCCCCAAGAGAGAGACAUGGUUGCAGUUAAGGGCAGAGUUGGAGUCGUUGACUGAUCUGUGGUUGACACAUGCACUGAAGGCUCUGAAUCUCAUACAUUCCAGGCCAAACUGUGUGAAUGUGUUGGUCACCACGACCCAGCUCAUCCCGGCCAUUGCCAAGGUCCUCCUCUAUGGGUUGGGCACAGUUUUCCCAAUUGAAAAUAUUUACAGCGCAACAAAGACAGGGAAGGAGUGCUGCUUCGAGAGGAUAAUGCAGAGGUUUGGGAGGAAAGCCGUUUAUGUCGUAAUUGGAGAUGGAGUAGAGGAGGAGCAAGCAGCGAAAAAGCACAACAUGCCAUUCUGGCGGAUCUCCUGCCACGCUGACCUGGAGGCCUUACGACAUGCCCUGGAGCUGGAAUACUUGUAGCACCCCCCCUGCGCUCAACUAACCACAGACAUCCAGCACAGGAGCUGGGGGCCAUUGAUGCUCUGAGUGCUGGAGGCUUAUACCCAACCUGGACAAUUUAUAAGCUUGAGAGACUUGUGCCAGGCACUCCUUCCGCUACUCAAUGUCCCCGACUUGAUGGACAAAGGAGUCAAAUAAUUUUUUUUUUUUGUCUAAUUUAUGGACUUGUCUCAUAUUUUUGUCCUGUCCUCGCGCUCCUUGUACCUUGUCAGUCAGGUGGGCGGAGUCACAAGGAUCUUAUUUAAUAAUUCCCAGGGAGCGGUGCAUCUUGUACAUUAGUUUUGGUUGAUGACUAUUAUACCAUUCUGUUUUCCACUUGUCACUGGGACAUGGACCUUGCAUGUGUCUGCAGUGCGCCUUCUGCGGCCAGCUCUAGUUUUUCUAUAUAAAGCAGAACAUUGUCCUGGAUGAAAGGCGUUCAAUAAAAAAAAAAAGGGAAAAAUGUUUACAUUUUGGGGAACAAUGCGUAAGUAGUGUUCUCAUUUAUCUGCAACCUCAUGGCAUCAACCAUAGUGUCUAUUCAGUCAUGUGACAACUGGCACCACUCAUUGUGGCAGUUGUGGCAUCCUCAGCUUCCAGCAGAAAUCUGCUUUGCUGCGGUGUGACAAAGAAAAUGCAUAUAAUUACAACCGGGUUUUGCUGCAGUUUACUUAGAACACUAAACACAAAAAACAAUCCCAGAACUUCCUUCGCCACCUUAUUUCCCGUAAAACUAGUUUGUCUUGUAUUACAGGUUAUACUGAAAAAUAUAAAAUCUUCUCUGUGUCCUAAGAGAUCAGCCAUGUUCUCCCUCCUCCUGCUCACUGUUCUAUGUCCAGCUCUGAGGCAGGUAGCUGAAGCAGGUGCCCCCCUGCUGUGUCAUGUCUACACUAAGACAAAAAGCCCCACUCUUUUGUGAAACCACACCCCUGACAAAUAUGGAGCCGAACUAAAGGCAUUUAAUCCCUUUGUUCUCUACAACACUGUCAGUCUGUAGAAUUUUCUGCAUGAUCCUGACACAGACAGUGAGGGCGACUUUAUUUCUAAGUUUAGUCUUCAUAUAAAGGCGAUAGGUACAUCUGUGCAACCAAUUUUUGCUAAAAAAAAAAAAAAAGAACAAAACAACUUUCUAAAUAGUCUUGAUUAUAAAUCUCUA